AUGUCUUCCGUGAAGACCACGCUUUUCGUCUCUGCUUUCUUGUCCUCUUUCAGCGGCGCGCGUGCUGCCUGGGAUCUGACCAAGUCCAACAUUGCCGUCUACUGGGGUCAGAACUCCAUCCAGGCGGGCGGUGGUGGCACGGCUGCCGAGGCGCAGAAGAACCUGGCCUUCUACUGCCAAAAUACGGACAUUGAUGUCUACCCACUCGCCUUCUUGUAUGAGUUCAAUGGCCCUGGUGGUGCUCCGGUGAUCGACUUUGCGAACGCGAGCAACAACUGCACCUACUUCCCGGGCACUGAGCUUUACAACUGCCCGCAGAUCGCAGAGGACAUCAAGACCUGCCAGUCUCUGGGAAAGACUAUCCUCCUCUCCAUCGGAGGCGCCACCUACAGCGAGGGUGGUUUCACCAGCGAGCAAGCCGCCAUUGACGCUGCGAACAUGAUCUGGCAGACCUUUGGACCCGUGGGAUCCAACUCGUCGAUCAACCGCCCGUUUGGCGACGCGGUGGUUGAUGGCUUUGACUUCGACUUUGAGUCCACCGUGUCCAACAUGCCUACCUUUGCCAACCAGCUCCGCUCCUUGAUGGACCAGGACACGUCCAAGACGUACUACCUGACUGCGGCGCCUCAAUGCCCCUACCCCGAUGCUGCAGACAACCCCAUGCUCGACGGGACCGUCUCCUUUGACGCCAUCUGGGUGCAGUUCUACAACAACUACUGCGGACUGCAGUCAUUCACUCCCGGCUCCACCACGCAGCAGAACUUCAACUUCGACACCUGGGACACCUGGGCCAAGAACGUCUCCAAGAACCCGAAUGUGAAGGUCUACCUCGGUGUUCCUGGUGGGCCCACUGCGGCUGGCUCCGGCUACGAGCCUGUCUCGAGCCUGGCUCCUAUCAUCCAAUACGCCAAGGGCUUCUCCAGCUUCGGUGGCGUCAUGAUCUGGGACGCCAGUCAGGCCUACGCUAACAGCGGUUUCCUCUCUGGAAUCAGAUCUGCUCUGAACGGCAGCGCUUCUCGCAUCAUGCGCUCUGUUGUCCGGCGCCGCUACGUCUAA